UAUAUAAGACACCCUUCUUGCAAUCGCCAAUGUCCUGUAAUAGCCGGUUUUAGGUUCCGAAUGCAACGUAGACGUGUGCACUGUACACGAGAACAAUAAAUUGAUACGAAUAUCGGCGAAUGCGAUUUCAUACGGGUGGUUGGGAGAUGUCCUGCGAGAUUCCGAACGUUAUCGAUGGCUGGGUCCUAUCAGAUAUCAAUGGAGCGCACUGCGCACGACGAUACGGCAUCCAAUCUACAAAGGAAAGGUUUCUUUCACAUUAUCGCAAAAGGAGACAGAAGAUCCGAACAAAAUGCUACCCGCAUGUGUUAAGCCAUGUGAUGCAUGCGACAAGUCGUCAAAGAGUGACAGCCAGGUGGUUACGGCCUUUCCGCGGUAUGACUACCACUGGCAUGCUGAAUUCACUCAUGUGAUCUGCUGUGUGAUCCCGACUGUUACACCCUUCACGCCUUACGGUCUGGCACCGUUCACCGGUAAGUGUUCUUCAUUAUCAUCCUUACAAUCAGAGAUUUCUCGAUGUCAUAACAUACAGUUCAUGAGGAAAGUGGCGAUGUACGGAGGAAAAGGGUUAUACCAACUAGACCGAACGCUGUGUUGCUUUCGAGUUUUGCGGUGGUCGUUCGAACCAGACGCAGAUCAGGUGGAUCCUGGUGUCUGGAAUUUGGACGGAGAAAUACUGGAGCAACCCAAAAACACUGCGCUGCAUUUUAGAUUACAUCCUCGAUUAAUCAGCUUCUUUGGCCGUGAUGCUGCAAUGAUUGAACCUUCAAAGAGAAAAAGUUUCGUAAAGAAGAGAAAGUCAAGUAUUGUUUACAGUUGA